GACAGGCGUGGGUAGUGAAUGCAGGUAGAGUUCCAGGCGAGGGUGAAGCGAGGUGGAAGAGGGAAACGAGGUCGAUGAUCGAUGGGACUGGAAGGCUGGAAGGUCUACAAGCAAGAGCGUUCAGUUAUCUGGCAAUGGUUGGAGAGCAGGCCGGAUCUUAUAUAGCAGGAGAGGCAGGUGUGUGGCAUGAGCAUGAUGAUGGGACCAGGUGUGUUGAAUGAAGGAUGAUGAGAUGAAUGGUGGUGCAUGGAGGUCAGGGCACGGCAGGAUCAUGACACAAAACUGCAGUAUAAACAAGACUAAAUGUGUUAUAUUUAAAUUUGAGUGCAAAUACGGAUCGAGCAUCAACAUAUUUCCAAAAUAAGUUUUAGCAGCACUGGCUCUAAAGGCAAAGCAGAAGACAUACAGAAACAUUUGAAUGUUUCCACCAGCUGAUUUGCAUCGCUGGGCUUCAAGCCAAACCAUAGCAGUUUGGAGCAGUACAAUCAAACAACUGUAGCUCCAUGCUGCACAUGUGCUCAACCGCUUGCGUCAUCCCCAGCUUCCUCUUUGGCUGUGGUUAGCUCAGACACAGCUGUGACGUUACUCUUCAUCCUCUCAGACUUCUGCUGCACAUAUUUAGCGUCGCUGCACAGGUUCAACCAUCAGGCAGAGCUGAUCAUCUCCACGAGCAACGAGACAGAAAAUCCCACAUGUACAAAACCCUCCUGCCAUGCCAACACUAGUCACAUCAACUCUGGAUCUGCAGCUUUUCAACAUGGAUGCUAAGGAUAGAAAAACUGGAACAUGCAGGGAAGGAAACUUUAAAUCUCUGGUGCAACGUAAAACGGUUCAAGCUACAAACACAGGAGGACUUAGUCGAGAAGAAACAUCUCAGUGGUCCCUCUCACUGGACCGACUUUUAUCAUCUAAGUAUGGGAUAAAAAUAUUCCAGGCGUUCCUGAAGUCUGAGUUCAGUGAUGAGAAUCUUGAGUUUUGGGCGGUGUGUGAGGACUACAAGAAGAUCAGGUGCUCCUUCAGGAUGUCCUUCAAAGCCAAAAAGAUCUUCAAACUCUACAUUCGAGCGGAGGCUCCCAGAGAGAUAAACAUCGAUCACAAGACCAGAGAGCUGAUUAGGAGUAAUAUGAAGGUUCCCUCCAUGGUCUGUUUUGAUGAUGCCCAGAAGAUUGUCUACGGGUUGAUGGAGAAGGAUUCAUACCCACGUUUCCUCAGGUCGGAUGUUUACAGAACAUUGCUGGACUCUACACCACCUUCAAGAACGCUGUAAAUAAAAUGGACUUCACUUGAGACUGUAAGAAUCCAGGGCUGGACUGUCCAGCUGUGUCUAACGCUGGACUUCCUAAGAGACUCAACCUGAAACAGUCCUCCAAAUGCUGAAAACAGCCCGCAGAGCUGAAGAAUCAUCUGGGGACUCCUGACUGAUUCUCUGUGAAGUUUGAUGAAAAGGGAACCGUGUGUUCUGGUCAGGAAAUGACUGAGCAAUGUGGCUGGAGCUGAAAACUAAACAAUUUCCCAAAGACAGCAGUGAGAAUGAGGGGGGCUUUCUGUGAGCAGCAACAGAAACAUCCCCUCACAGGUGCACAGAGAGGUUUCACCGUUAUCUCACUAAAGUGGAUGCAGCUCAGCUUUUCUACUUUCUGACAUUAGUGCUAAAACACAUGACAACUGUAAUGAUAAGCUAUACUGUAUGUUAUCAUAUGUGAUAUUUAACAAAACAUGUUUAUGUUUAUGUAUUUAGCAGACGCUUUAGUCCAAAGCGUCUUACAAGUUAUAAUCGGCAUGUUGCCCUUGAGGCUAACAACAACAAUUUCCAGUCAGUCGUAGGUGGCAGUGUGGCAGCAUGAUGAAUCAUGGAGAGGAGGGAACAAGGAGUGGACAGUAGAGAGGGGGGACGGGUGCAAAAACAUAUUUUAUUUGCACUCAAAAGUAACUGGUUUCAAAUAAAUAGAAUCUGCUUUUCUCAACCUUUAAA